CAAGGGUCAUUCUAUGCCGAAUGAAAUCGUUCCGCAUGACCCGGUGGGGAAAUAAGCCUAGAAGGUUGUUACAGUAAGGAAAGUGUGUGCGCGUCCCUCUCUCUCUUCUUUAUCCUCAUCAUCAUCAGCCCUGAAACAUAUACAAAAAUGUCACGUCCCGAAUAUGAUCCGAAAAAUAUGCGAUUCCGCCGUUAUGGUAAUUCAGGAUUGAGAAUGUCUUUAUUUUCACUUGGUGGUUGGUUAACGUAUGGCGGCUCAGUAGAAGAUAAUGCAACGAAAGAGAUCAUGAAGCUAGCUUUCGAGAAUGGAAUCAACACGUUCGAUACUGCCGAAGUCUAUAGCUCUGGAAAAUGUGAAACUUCAAUGGGAAAAGCAAUCAAAGAAUUGGGUUGGCGUCGUAGUGAUGUCGUGAUGGUGACAAAGAUCUUCUUUGGCACGGGUGGAAAAGAGCCUAACGCACGUGGUCUGAGUCGUAAACACAUCAUCGAAGGGGCUAAUGCAAGCCUUGAACGUGCUCAAUUAGAAUAUUGGGAUGUCAUAAUGGCCCACCGCUGCGAUAUUAGCACGCCAAUGGUUGAAAUCGUUAAAGCAUUCAAUCAUCUUAUCCAAACAGGAAAGUGCUUCUACUGGGGUAUAUCUUGCUGGACUGCUCAACAAAUUCAAGAGGCAUACGGGAUUGCUGAACGAUUAGGCUUAGAGCCACCUCUUGCCGAUCAACAACAUUAUUCUGCAUUAUACCGCGAACCUGUUGAGAAGGAGUACAUGCCUUUAUACUCAAGGUACAAGCUUGGCAUUAUGGCAUGGUCACCUUUGGAAGGCGGACUUCUUACUGGAAAAUACAACGGAGGUAUCCCUCAAGGCUCUCGUUUAGACGUUCUAAAAGACUCGUUCAAGCAAACUCUUGAGAAAUUGCAAUCACCUGAAGGAAAAAGUCAAAUUGAAAAAGUGCAAAAAUUAACGAAAAUUGCCGAUUCUUUAUCUUGUUCAACAACAGUCUUGAGUUUAGCAUGGGCUGCCAAGAAUGAAAAUGUUACUACAGUCAUCCUUGGAGCUACAAAAACGGAACAAUUAUUAGAGAAUUUGAAAGCACUUGAUGUGAUUGACAAAUUAACUCCUGAUAUCCUACAUCAAAUCGAAGAAGUUCUAGCUAACAAACCAGAACCAUUACCAAAUUAUGGACGUGAGAUGUAAAGAGUCAAAUAAAAUAUGAUAGCAAUGACUACUUUCUAUUUCUUUAAGGAUUUGUCUAAAUUGGAUAAACUCUUUUUCUACUUAGAAGAAUUUAGAUAAAACACUUACUUCUAUUAUCGUAACCCUAACUAGCAAAUAAGGGUCUAGCUACCUUUCAUAUUAGUGAUAUUAACCUCAAAUUCCCCCUUAUCGGAUUAGG